UGCUAGUCAUCAAUGGCCUUUCAAAGGCAAGGCAACCUAUUCGCGCUAAAGACCAGUUCUCUAACGGCCAAUCCGUUACGCGCUCUAUCCCGCUCCCGCGCUCUCUAUUCCUCCUCUCUAUCCAUCUCGAUUUAUCAUUCUUCCUUCCGUUUCAUCUCUCUCGGUUUCUGAGCAUUGAUCGCAGCUGGUCACAGUAUGGAUGAAGAAUACGACGUCAUCGUUCUCGGAACCGGCCUCAAGGAAUGCAUCAUCAGUGGCCUCCUCUCCGUUGACGGACUCAAGGUACUGCACAUGGAUAAAAAUGAUUAUUAUGGAGGAGAGUCAACUUCCCUUAAUCUAAUUCAGCUUUGGAAGCGGUUCAGAGGAAAUGACCAGGCUCCAGAGAGCUUGGGUGCAAGCAAAGAGUACAAUGUUGAUAUGAUUCCAAAAUUUAUGAUGGCAAACGGUGCUUUAGUCCGAGUACUCAUUCAUACUAAUGUUACUAAAUAUCUGAACUUCAAAGCUGUUGAGGGUAGUUUUGUUUACAAUAAAGGCAAGAUUUACAAAGUCCCUGCUACUGAUGUUGAAGCACUGAAAUCCUCACUGAUGGGGUUGUUUGAAAAGCGUCGUGCCAGAAAGUUCUUUAUUUAUGUGCAAGAAUUUGAUGAGUCAGAUCCAAAGACUCAUCAGGGAAUGGACCUAAACAAUGUCACGGCUAGAGAGUUCAUAGCGAAAUAUGAGCUUGAAGACAACACAAUUGAUUUUAUUGGACAUGCCUUAGCUCUUCAGCCUGAUGAUACAUAUUUGGAUCAACCAGCAAUGGACUUUGUGAAGAAAGUCAAGCUAUAUGCAGAGUCUUUAGCACGCUUCCAAGCAGGAUCGCCGUAUAUAUACCCGAUGUAUGGACUUGGGGAAUUGCCUCAGGGCUUCGCACGUCUUAGUGCAGUUUAUGGUGGGACGUACAUGUUAAACAAGCCCGAGUGUAAGGUGGAAUUUGAUGAAAGUGGCAAAGCCUAUGGUGUGACCUCUGAAGGUGAAACAGCUAAAUGCAAGAAGGUUGUUUGUGAUCCAUCAUAUUUAACUGACAAGGUCCAGAAGGUUGGAAAGGUUGCUCGUGCUAUCUGCAUAAUGAGCCAUCCCAUUCCCAACACAAAUGACUCUCAUUCUGCUCAAGUUAUUUUGCCACAAAAACAACUUGGUCGAAAAUCUGACAUGUACUUAUUCUGCUGCUCCUAUUCUCAUAACGUUGCUCCCAAAGGAAAAUACAUUGCCUUUGUUUUGAGUGAAGCUGAAACAGACGAUCCAGAAACAGAACUGAAGCCAGGCGUAGAAUUACUUGGAGCUGUGGAUGAGAUAUUUUAUGAAACCUGUGACAGAUACAUACCUACUAAUGACUCUGCAGCUGAUAACUGUUUCAUAUCUACUAGUUAUGAUGCAUCAACUCACUUCGAAUCCACAGUACAGGAUGUGCUGGACAUGUAUACCAGAAUUACUGGAAAGGCAAGUAAUUCUCCCUAUAAGCUUAGCUUUAAAUAUGUUUUUGUUGUUUUGUUUGAGGUCAAUGAAAAUAGUUUUUUCGUUGUACUUCACUGUUUCUUUUUAGUCCUAUAACAAAGAACUUUCAUGCUUAACAGGAUUUUAGUUUCGCCUUUUCAUUGUCAUUUUAAUUUCUUCUUUAAACUUUUAAAACCAUGAAUCCUGAGUUUUGGUUAUCCUUAACUACAUUUAUAGUCUGUAACAUGUUAUGAAAAGUUGAUGUCAAAAGUUUAGAGUGCUGUUCUGCGAGUGAAAUUAUUAUUUUUAAAAUGGAGGUUGUUGGAGAGUCAUGAGGGAUAAAAAAGUUAAUGACAUAAUUUGCAGGGAAGAAAAACAAAAAUUAGCUUCCUCAUCUUAUUGUCUUUGUUUUACCCAAUAGUGCAAUCUUAACUAUCUGAAACUAAUUAAAAAAAAACUAUCUGAAACUAAUUAACCUUCCUUGAUUAGGCGGUUGAUUUAUCUGUGGACCUGAGCGCUGCAAGUGCGGGUGGUGAAGAUGAAGCUCAAUAGAUUUAUUUGGAAACAAAAAGGAAGUACCAUUGAACUCCAACAGAAGAUUGCUAGUGUAGUAGUUAGUUCUUGCAGAGUUUGCCAUUGUUUUUCUUAAGACGGCUUUUGCUUUUCUAUCCACUGCGUUUUCACCACUACUAAUGGAUAUUGUGGUAAAAAAUAAAAACCAAAAGAAACUUUCCAUUGUGAAAGUUGUAUCCUAAAGAAGGUCAUGUUUAUAUCAUUCUGUUUCCAUAUACUUAUACACGCUGCCCGGAACUAUCCUGGAAAAAUAUCAAUGCUAGCAUUCAUAAA